AGGCAGCAAGUGUGUUGUGCAGGUUAUUUGAAGCAAAUCUUUGAGACAUAACUGCGUUGCGCGCUCCUGUGCCAAAGCUCCCUUCAAUCAGGACCAUGGAGAGCUCCAGUCUGUGGACUCGAAUGACCGUGUGCGCUGUGCUGCUUUGCUUGGUUACAGGUGCGAGAGCGAACGAGCCAGACCCAGACCCAGUAGAGGUUGAAAUGGACACAAGAGCCAUCAGAGACUUCUACCCCAAAGACCCUAACCUAACAAGUGAAAAACAGCUUCUCGGGGCUUUGCAAGACGUUCUGGAAAAGCUGCAGACAAAACGAAUUCCUCCUUGGGAGAAGAAAUUUGGUCAAGUUCCCAUGUGUGAUUUGGGGGAGCAAUGCGCUAUCAGAAAAGGCUCUCGAAUCGGCAAGAUGUGCGACUGCCCGCGCGGGGCGUUCUGCAACUUUUUCUUGUUAAAGUGUUUGUGAUGGUUAAAUGGGUUGGCUUCGGAUUGAUGGAGUGCACAUGCAUUAUAUAACAAAUUUGUGCAAUUUUAUUUAUUUUAAUAUUUUUUUAAGUGCGGCAACACACUGGAGAGAAGUUGUAAAUCUCGUGUUCAUCAAGCACGUAUGUGAUGUAACCAUAUUAUUGUCAUGUAAACGUAAUAUGCUGUUCAUUCAUUA